CAAUCAAAUCCACUCCUUUUGAGUCUGCAGCUCCAGCUCAAACGUCAGGCCAACAAACACUGCUCCAGGAGAAUUUACCAAAUACAGAAGUGACAACUGUUUACGGAGACCAGGGUGGCUGACGGGAUUAGGACUAUGGUGUGGAUUGUUUUCCCGAGGUGCGAAGCGACUGGAUCGGACAUGGCGUGAAGGCAAACUCUAAAAAGUUGGAUCAUGACAACCAUUAGAUUUGGGAGCAGCAUUGGACCAUGUCAGACUCGUUCAGUGGAGAGAAUGUUUCCAGAAGUAUCAGAGGAAAAAGGAGACUUUGACCCGGACAGACUAUUCCAGUGCCCCUUUGAUAAGAACCACCAGAUUCGUGUUUGUCGCCUACCAUAUCACAUUAUAAAAUGCAAAAAGAACCAUCCACAACUGGCAAAGGAACUCAGAACCUGUCCGUUCAAUGCUUGCCACCUUGUGCCUAAAGAGAAGCUGGCCAGCCACACUGACACAUGUCCAUACAAAAUUUCCAUGGACACAGACAGUGCAGGAGUUGAAAAACCCAGAAAAUGGGACGUUCCAAUCAGGUCCCAAUUCAGCGCAGACAUGACUGAAGACUGGGAGAAUGAGGUUGAUGAGGCAGCAGUUCCUUUUGUGUGGGGUGAAAAUACUCAUCGAUCAGAGGCCAGACCCACCAACGUCGUUGGAUCAAAUAUUCGUCCACCAACUUCAUUGCCAUGGUAGACAAAAAUGGUUUACACAGUGUCAUGAUCCGUGGUCAGGAUCAUGUUUUUGUGUUUUCGGUUAAUUUUGGAAUCCUUUUGUUAUUGCUUGUGCACCUGUGCGUUUGUUUCGUCACCAAGGCUACUGGAUUUUCACCUGCCUUGUACGCACACCUGUUACACAUCAGAGACUCUGUUUAAGCCAACCUUUGUUAUCACUCGUUCUGCCUUCAUUGUGUUUGCUGCUUGCAACCUGUCCAUGUGAGUUUUCUGCCUUGUAUUUAGUUUUUGCCAAGUGUUUGGACUAGUUAGUCUUGUUUGUUUUCUGCGCUAAGUGUUUAGCCUUAGCUUACGCGCUUCAUCCGUGUUUUUUUUGUCGUGUGUGUUUUAUGAUUUAUGAUAAAUAAAUAAUUUCUUACCUCACGCCUUGGUCCGGAGCCGUCCGUUCUGCAUUCCGGGAGAACAAUACCGCAUAAAGAUGCGACCCCCACGUGACACACGUAACUUUAUUUCUCUUGUAAGUUGCUCUCUGAGCACAUUG